AUGAACCCGUACGAGACCAUUAUGUGGGAGAAGGAGAUGAAGGAACUGAUCCUGUCUCACGCGCGUGCCGUUUAUGGAGAGAUGUAUCGCCAAGGCACCGUCUUCGACGUCGUCCACUCUACUUGCGCUACUACAUAUGAUAUGGACCGCGCGGAAUUGUUAUCGUACGACAUCAACCUAGUUGUCUACUUCCCGCAGGAUACACUUCUCAGUUGGAAGGUCCUAAGGAGCUGUUACUCCGGAGUUACUGCAGCGGACGGAUUGAACGCUCUGCUGGAGUCACUGAAGUUCAGCUUGCAGAUUCGCAUCAGUGAGAAGGCUCAAGCUGAGAAAAUUGUAGCGGUCAUAAUGGAGCGAGAGACGGCGAAGUCGGAGUAA